CUCUUCCAUUGAGAUCUACCCUGAGAUCACCCUGAUAUCACAAGAGGGAAAGCAUUAGAUGCCAAUGCAGCUCCGGUAUGUGCAACCCGAUGAACCUAUUUUUACCCACGAACUUCACCGUUCCCACAAGUCAGUUGCCAUGACCGAUUCAUGGGAGUUUGACCAGGUCGGGUUGAGAGGGUUCUUGGGGAAGCUUCUCGUCUCUAUACAGCAUCAUGUCGUAAAUCCUGCCAAGCGUCUGCACUAUGCAUCCGAAGGAGUAAUGUCGUGGACCUCGUUGAAACACUCUUCCUGAGGUAUCAUGGAGAGUAUAUAUUGAACUUUCUUGUCUCUCUCUGUAAAUCACACCCCAGAAUACCCAAGUCACGCAUUGGAGAGCGUUGAGAGGGGGUAAGGAAGUAGUGCCAACCAUACAUGAUCUAGAUAGGGCGCAGAAAUAGUGCAGCGCCU